ACUCAAUUUUUUUUUGUUUCUCAAGAAUUGAGUGGUGAAAGAAGAAGAAGAAGAUGAUUAGUGAUUGGAGCUUCUCUGAUUGUUUUGGAAAAAAGGAAUUUGUUGAUAAUGAUGAUGCUGAUGGUAUUGAUCCAGUGCUAUUAGUAUCUGGGAUUGGAGGUUCAAUCAUGAACUCAAAAGAUAAAAAAUCUGGAAAUGAAAUUAGAGUUUGGGUUAGAGUUUUAUUAGCUAAUUGGGAGUUUCAGAAGAGAGCUUGGUCUAUUUAUAACCCCAAAACAGGUUAUACAGAGUCAUUGGAUAAGAAUAGUGAAAUUGUUGUACCAGAUGAUGAUUAUGGACUUUAUGCAAUUGACAUUUUGGAUCCCUCAGCGGUUAUGAAAUGCUUAAAGAUGGAAGAAGUGUAUCAAUAUCAUGAUAUGAUUGAUAUGCUUGUUAAAUGUGGACAUAAGAAAGGAACUACAUUGUUUGGAUACGGUUAUGACUUUCGACAGAGUAAUAGAAUUGGUAAAGGGAUGGAAGGUCUAAAAGCAAAACUUGAGAAUGCUUACAAAGCUUCAGGGGGUAGAAAAGUGAAUAUAAUUUCGCACUCGAUGGGCGGAUUGCUUGUUUCGUGCUUCCUCUCACUCUAUCACGAUGUAUUCGAAAAGUAUGUUAACAAGUGGAUUUGCAUAGCCUGCCCAUUUCAGGGCGCACCUGGAUGUAUCAAUGAUACUCUUUUAACGGGUUUACAGUUUCUUGAAGGCUUUGAAAGCUACUUUUUCGUAUCCAGGUGGGCGAUGCAUCAACUGCUGGUUGAGUGCCCGUCAAUUUAUGAGAUGUUGCCAAAUCCAGAGUUCAAGUGGGAAAAGCAACCUCAAAUUCAAGUUUGGCGAAAGCAAUCAGAAAAUAAUGAAACUUCAGUAAAGUUGGAAACAUAUGGCCCAAAUGAAAGCAUUACAUUGUUUGAAGAGGCUUUGAAAGAUAAUGAGCUCAAUUACGGUGGGAAGUCGAUCGCAUUACCGUUUAACAAAUCAAUUCUUAAAUGGGCAACUGAGACUCGGGAAAUUCUCAACAAAGCUCAACUACCAGAUGGUGUCAAAUUCUAUAACAUCUUUGGAGCGUCAUUUGAAUCUCCUUUUGAUGUACGCUACGGAACAGAAACUUAUCCUAUUGAGGAUAUGCCCCAAAUAUGCCACACAAUCCCCCAGUAUUCUUACGUGAAUGGAGACGGGACUGUCCCAUUGGAAUCAGCCAAGGGUGAUUGGUUUUCAGCUACUGAAAGAGUAGGAGUAAGUGCAACUCAUCGCGGAUUAUUAAGCGAUGAAACUGUUUUUCAACUCAUUCAACAAUGGUUAGGAAUCGAACCGAAAAAAUCGAGUCGGCGUGCCAAGACUUCUAAAGUGGUGGAUGCAUUCCCCAAGUGAAUUGGAACUAGAAAAAGAAAGAAAAAUAUUCAAUGCUAAUAAGUUUGAUGCUUACUUGUAACUUUCCUGUAUAUAUUAAUUCAACAAAAUUAUACAUUAUGAAAUCCAAUCUGAAGAUUGUUACAAGAUGAAUAAGAAAAUCUUAUGUUUGCAGUCCA